AUGUCACAUAGAGUAGAUGAUCAUGUCCGUCGUAAAUUGACAGUUGUCGGUGAUGGUAGUUGUGGUAAGACAUGUCUUUUAAUUGUUUUUUCGAAGGGUCAAUUCCCAGAAGUUUAUGUUCCAACAGUUUUUGAAAAUUAUGUUGCAGAUGUUGAAGUAGAAAAUCAUCGUGUUGAGUUGGCACUUUGGGAUACUGCAGGUCAAGAAGAUUAUGAUAGAUUAAGACCUUUAUCUUAUCCUGAUUCUAACGUUAUUCUAAUUUGUUUCUCUGUCGAUAUACCUGAUUCUUUGGAAAAUGUCCAAGAAAAAUGGAUUGCAGAGGUCUUACAUUUCUGCCAAGGGGUCCCAAUUAUCUUGGCAGGUUGUAAAGUGGAUUUAAGAAAUGAUCCACAAACGAUUGAAAAUUUAAGAGCUGAAGGUCAACAACCUGUCUCUACUGCGGAAGGUCAAGAAGUCGCUGAUCAAAUUGGUGCUGUUGGUUAUUAUGAAUGUUCUGCAAAGACUGGAUACGGUGUUAGAGAAGUCUUUGAAGCUGCCACUUUGGCUGCAUUGAAGGGUAAAUCUAAGACUAAUGGUAAGACAAAGAAAAAUAAGAAUAAGGGUGAAAAGAAGAAGAGAAAGUGUAGUAUUAUUGUAAGUAGUUUACAGUAUAUUCUUAUUAUUAUUCUUAUUAUUAUCAUUAUUACUUAUUCUAUACAAAAAGAAAAAAAAUAUACAAAAAGAAAAAAGGUAUCGCUGUCAAGAAGAAGCGGAUGA